AUUUUAGUUUAAAAACUAUACAAUACUAAAUGAUUUUUGUUAAACGAAAACAGAAAAUAUGGUUAUUACAUGUUCAGAAAAUUGUUUUGAAGCUAUAACUUUAUGUGAUUCUAUGCUAAGUUUUUUUUACUGUACUUGCCACAUUCACUUAUUGGAUGUUUGUAAAGUUGGAUAAAAAUGUUUACAACCGUGAAAAGAUAUGAUAAAAUUAAAAGGGUUUAAAAGGAGUUCACGCUCUACUCUCUCCUUCAGAAGAAAUUUAUAAUUUAUAAUUUCUUCUUUCAUUAAAAUAUGGUGAAAAAUUGAAGAAUUUAAUUCAGGAACUAAGAGCCUCGAGAAACUUCUUUACCGUGUCAGUCAAACCUUGAAAAUGUCAGGUUCUAAGAAUUGCAAUGAGGACGCACUUCGGAGACAGGAAAAUACGGAACCUGAGAUCUCUAUCUUGUCAAGAGCAGAAAACAAAUCGUCCGAACCUGAAUCACAGAUAUCUCGAGAUAAAACGGAUUUGAAACAUUCUGAACUCGAAUCAAUUAAAAUUAAUGAUUGUUUCUCCGAACCUGAACCCUCGAUAUCUCUCCGUGUCUUCGAUCCCAAUAUUACCAAGUUGGAUUUAAGUUCACAGAACCUAUUGGAGCUUGAUUCAAGUAUAUCCAACCUUAUUCAACUGCAGGAUUUGAACCUAGCCUCUAACAACCUGAAAACCUUUCCUUCGGAAAUCUUAAACCUAAAACUUCUCAGGGUUCUUAAUCUUGCCCAGAACAAUAUUACAGAAGCAAGGUUGGAUUUCUCUGAUCUCAUCCAUCUGGAAUUCCUGGAUAUCAAAGAAAACCUUCUCCAGUACAUCCCGGGAAAUUUGGAGGAUUUACAGAGUUUGAAAUAUCUAGAUUUAUCCUACAACAAGCUCCGUAAUCUUCCGGAAUACUUCCAGAGUAACCUGGAGACACUGAUCCUGGAUGGAAACGAACUGAAAGACCAAACUAAACUCCCAACCUGGAUUAUUAAGCAGAACGCGUUGCAAAUCCUCUCCCUCGCCGCGGUUUGGUUUAAGGAGUUGAUAGAUGUAUUUAUCGGAGAUAUUAGUUUAAAUAACCUUGUCAAACUUGAUCUGAGAUGUUCAAAUAUAGAUCUGAUUCCACAGUCCUUGACGUACCUGGAGAACCUUGAAGUUCUUGAACUUGGGAAUUGUCGAGAUAUCAUGGAUAAUGCCUUGACGCACUGGAACAGGACUAAAUGCUCUUUCGAGAUGAGGAACGAAAUUCACAAUCUGCCGAAGUUUGUCAAACUGUCGAACCUAACCACUCUCUCAGCGGAGAACCUGAAUCUGCAAUCUGUCCCUGAGAGUAUCCAUAUCCUUGUAAACCUAGAGAACCUAAACCUUUCCGGGAACUUUAUUGAGGAGCUACCCCCCGGGAUCCUGGAGCUUGGAAACCUGAAGUUUCUGAACCUGAACCUUAAUAAACUCUGGAGUAUUCCGUCCUCACUGUUCAUGAAGCUCAGCCAGCUACGCCAUGCUCUACUCGCGAGAAACAACCUUUACGAAAUCCCUGAGCUGAAUGGAGAUAUCGAACUGGAAACCCUAGAUAUCUAUGGAAACCUUCUAGAAGAAGUUCCAGAGAUGGUAUUUAAACUAGAAAGCCUAGUUAGGUUGGACCUAGGAGGGAUGAUUCAUAUCAACAGUAAAGCAAUAGAAGAUAUAGGAGAAGGGUACCUGGAGAAGUAUGAGCAACUGCGUGAGAACUAUAAAACCUGGGAUCAUAGCGACAAGUCUUUCGAGAGAACGGAAAAGUCUGUGAUGGCCGAAUCUGAAGAAAGUGUUAAACGGUAUUAUUUCAACGAACUGGAAGAAGAAGAAGAAGAAGAAUAUGUUGAGUGUAUAGAGGAACACCUGAUAAACCAGAGACCGGGAGAAGAUCAUGAUAGUUCGGACGCAUGGGAACCAGACUCCUGGGCAAUAGAAGCACAGAAAGAGAAGAGGAGAGCUGCAGGACAGGCGAGCACACGAAUUACCAGGUUCCCACCUUUACGAACAAAACUUCUGUCAGGUUUUCAGCCUCAAGAUAUCUCCGAGGUCAAUUCUGGAGGCUGGAAGGAGAAGAAGGACGGUCUAGAGGACGGGAUAGAUGAAACCAAUUCGAGAUUUUGUCCGGCAGAUUUUCAUGCGAAGUCUAUCACAGAUGAUGGGAUUGUUGCCAGGGUGACCUGGGAACAAGUAAAACUGGUGGUGAAACGACAAUUUGAGGAUUAAUACAAAUUGAUAGGACAACAUAAUUCGACAGGACAACAUAACAAUUUAAUAAGUCAACUCAUUAAUUCAAUAAGUCAGCAUAGCAAUUCAAUAUGUCAACAUAUCAAUUUAAUAAGUCGACAUAUUAAUUAAUAAGUAAAAAACAUAACAUUUUUUUCAGUAAGUCAACAUAUUUCUUAACAAUCAAAAAGAAAACGGUUAAUUCAUUUUCGUAAAAUCGUAAUAAAGAAGCUAGAAGUUUGCCCCUAGUCUAGUUCUCCCUCAAAUAUUUCCAAAGAGUGAAUGUAACCUUCUCCUCCACAUUCUCUUUUUUCUUCCCCUAAUAAUUGAACUAAAAUUGUUUUUCAGUCUCCUCUUUAAAUUUUUAAUUCACCACCGUCACUGUUUAAAUCGUCUUCGUUGAGUUUAAAACUUUAAACUGGAUGAACGCAGCGUUUUGCGCGUUGGCGGGAAUUAUCUCAGUCGCUGUGAUUACUUGUUGCAAUUUGAGUGUCGGGGUUAAUAGGAAAAGGUUUAAUAAAUUAAAAUAUGCCUGGUAACAUUUUUAACAAGGUUAAAUCGUGGUUCCGUCCUAGUAUAUGAUUCUUUAGGAAUUUACCACCCUUUAUUUUCUACAUGUUAUCCCUAAAAAAGCUCUAAUGAUUUUUUGGUUGUCCCGUCAUUCUACUAUAAACGCUCUGCACGAUCCUGUAUCGAUUAAAUUCCGUCUGAGACCGUUGUUGACUUAUUAAAACUGCUGUACCUGUUAGAAUCUUUUGUUCAGUAGCCAUUAGACAGUUGAUUUGAAGAGUUCUAAUCUCUUAUUUUUUGUUUCAUCUGUUAUGUUCUUUAAUGUUAUCUUAGUUCUUUGGUUUUCUUUGUUUAUAUGCUUCAGUAUUUAUCCUUACUUGAAUACGCAGUUCCCUGUUAAUUAGCUUUAACUUUAUACUUAGUUUACUUUAAUAGCUUCUUAUACACAGUCCAUGUGAUAGCUUAUUAUACAUAGUUGUAUACAUAUGUAAAUAGCUUCUUAUUCAACAUACAUAGUUCACUUUAAAAGCUUCUUAUACACAGUCCAUGUGAUAGCUUAUUAUACAUAGUUGUAUACAUAUGUAAAUAGCCCUUAUUCAAUAUACAUUGUUCACUUAAAAAGCUUCUUUUGCAUAGUUCACCGUAAUUAUUAUAAAUAGCUCUUUUUAAUAGCUGAAACUUAGAUAAAUAGUUCACUUUAAUAGCUUCUUAUACACAGCUAAUUAUUACUUAAGCUUAAGCUUAGAUGCAUAGUUUAUUGUAAUAGCUUCUUAUACAUAGUUCACUUUUUACAAGCUUAAGCUUAGAUACAUGUUCCCUGUAAUAGCUUCUUAUACAUAGUUCACUUUUUACAGCAUAAACUUAAUUAAUCAGGUUUCUUUUAAAAAGCUUAAUCAA